CGAUAAUCUUUACAAGUUUGAAGUAUUUAGUUUACCGUAUUUAUAUAAAUUAUAUCGUUCAGGGCUCAUUUCCCAAAAAUUUCUAAAUUUAGUUAAGAGUGGAUUUGCGUUUGCCUAAACAACAGUUUUCUGAUAAGCCGAGCUUUAUAAAUAGCCCCGAGUCCGGCAAGCUGGGUUGUCUUGUGUAUGCAGAGCAGAGCACAGAUCUCAGAAUGGAUGCGUAUUUAUUUGUCGGGCUGCUUUUAGCGUUCGUCUGGACGAGCAGUGCUCAUUCUCUGGGCAAAGAGGAGUUUUGCGAAGGUCCGGUAGUUCCCCUUAAUCUAACUGCUGUAUCGGGUUAUUGGUACGAGUUAGCACGCUUGCCAAAAGGGAUGAAUAUUAAAUGCUUGAGUGUUCUGGUGCCAGCAACUGCGGAUACCGAACUAAAAAUAAUAUUGAAAUACAAAAUCACCAAAGAUGGUAAAGAUCGUUCUGUUAAGGAGACGGUUUCUUUUCCCUGGGAUGAGGCAACGAAAAACAGCAUUUUCGUUGUGAAAUAUGGCAGCGCAUCAGUCACCUAUAAAGUGAUGGCUGUGUCCGCCAAAGAAGGGGCCAUUAUUUGCUCCACCCAGCCAGGCAUGAAGAUCUUAAGCCCUGAUAACAAUCCCACAGAUGCUGAAUACAAUGAAUUUAAAACCAAAUUUUCUUCAUUGUUCGGCAAUGUUGAAUUUUUUUAUCCAGAUUUUACGUCGAAAGUUUGCAAUGCUGCAGUGCGUCCGGCCACAGAAGCUGCUGUAAUACUCGCCAUGUUGACUGUUCUGUCGUAUCUGCUUCAGGGAAAUUGUCGUUUAUGGUCUAAAAUAUAUUUUUAUUUUUAUACCGACUAAGUAGGUCAGUUCAUUUAUAUAAAUAAUGCCGAAGAAACAAUUUAUAUACAAU